AUGGAAUCGUUCAUUCGUUUGGCAGAGGCUAUAAUCGAAUUUGAAUCCGAUUUUAGCAGCACGCCACCUGCAGAGCAAAAUAAACAUGGUCUUGCAAUACAGCAAGACGAACUCCUGGAAAAUGAGUGUGGUAGCUUAAUAAAAAAGUUGCAGCGGGAUAUAAAUAAUUGCUUAUCGUCCCUAAACAGUCACCAAAUUAACGUUUCAAACUGGGACGCAAUUAUAGUCUAUCUCUGCUCCACCAAGCUUCCAGAAAGUACGCUGGCUCUAUGGGAACAAACCAUAGACCACAAAAAUGAUAUACCAAAGUGGGAGGAUAUGGACAAGUUCCUAUCCAACAGGUUUCAAACGUUGGAGACGUUAUCAGGCUUAAAAAAUUCCAAAGCUGUGAGAGCUACAAAGCCGCAACACACAACCAAAAUAGCAGAAGCCUCCCCAAAACGACUUGGCGUUUUCCAAGCAAGCGUGACCAAGUUCAUUUGUAUAAUGUGCCAGUCCAAUGAGCACAAGUUACGCAGCUGUUCCCUAUUCUUAAAGCUGACACCAUCUGAAAGAAUAGAGUUAAUGAAAAACAAUAACUCUUGCUUGAACUGUCUUAAGUCUGGACAUACUGUGUCAAGAUGCACNGCCUCCCCAAAACGACUUGGCGUUUUCCAAGCAAGCGUGACCAAGUUCACUUGCAUAAUGUGCCAGUCCAAUGAGCACAAGUUACGCAGCUGUUCCCGCUUCUUAAAGAUGACACCAUCUGAAAGAAUAGAGUUCAUGAAAAACAAUAACUCUUGCUUGAACUGUCUUAAGUCUGGACAUACUGUGUCAAGAUGCACAUACUCGUUUAAUUGCAGCAAGUGCCACUCCCGACACCACACGCUCCUGCUCCUUGAGACUGACCAGAAAAAGCCUACAGCGCACCAAGUGCCGGAAAGCUCAACUGGUAAUCCAGCAUCUUCAUCGAAGCAAGCACAAACAAAACGCAAGACAGGAAAACCAAAUUCAAAUGGGAACAAAAAUGUCAAGUCUUGUUUUGCAAAUUCAAAUACUGGUGUGCUCCUAGGAACAGCGCGCGUAAAUAUACAUUAUAAUGGAACCGAUUUUUCUGCAAGAGCUCUUAUUGAUUCCGGGUCUGAGUGUUCCUUUAUAACGGAAAGACUCAAACGCCGAAUCAACCUGCCAUCCAAAAGAUUGCAUGCCCAAGUUUCCGGCAUCACAAAUGCCAUAUCGGCGCAGGUCAAAGAAGCAUGCAAUAUAGAAAUACGGUCACCGAUUGACCCAUUAUUCCGGUCGACUACCACUGUGCUCGUCUUAGCACAACUAACUGGAAGUCUUCCAACUACCCAUAUUAGCGCUGUAACUAAACAAGCAUUCCCAGAUUUGGUUUUGUCCGAUAAAAGCGCUGUAACUAAACAAGCAUUCCCAGAUUUGGUUUUGUCCGAUAAAAGGUUCUUUGUUAAUGAGCAAGUGGACCUUGUGCUUGGAGGAGAUAUUUAUCCAGAAAUUAUUUUUAGCGGCUUGAAGAAAAAUGUACUUAAUACACUUCUAGCCCAAGAAACCGUGUUCGGUUGGAUAUUAACCGGCCGCACAGAUGCAACAAGUGCAACCAACCAUAUUGCUUCAUACUUUAGCGAAGCCGCCUUGGAUAAGCAGCUUACUGCGUUCUGGGGAGUAGAGGAUCUACCGAAGAGCAAAAGCCUAAGUGAGGAAGACAAGUACUGUAAGGAGCUGUACAAGAGUACAACUCAACGUACCAAAGACGGGAAAUAUGUAGUUUCGCUACCAUUCAGGCAGGAUUUUCCAGAGAAUGUUGGAGAUUAUAUAAAUACGUCUUCAACAGCGACAUCGAGAAGAUGUACCGGCAAAUUAUGGUGCAUGACAAUCAAACUAAGUUCCAGCGCAUAG